ACAAACUUCAGAUAAUAGAAACUGUAUAAAGAUACAUGCAACGACUUUAAUUUUAGUAGAUUCAAUCAAAAAUGAAUUUCACAAUUUGUUCAUUCCUGCUCCUUAUUCUUGCAAGCUUCUGUUUUUCUGUGUCUAAUAAUAUUAAAGGGAAGAAAGUUCUGGUUUAUCUUCCAGUUACCGGUCAUUCUCAUUUAAAGUUUAUGAGCACUACGUCAAAUAUUUUACAAGAAGAAGGAUAUAAUGUGACUCUUCUCUUACCACUCAUUGACAUAACGCUGAAUAACACAAACAUCCCAAUUGUGAAGAAGAUCAAGCAUAGAAUAAAUCUGGAUAUUCAUCCGGGAGUUAUGCGAACAAUCAUUAAAAUGGGUGGAAUGGCAUCACGGCGACAGACAUGGACGAUGGGAUCUGGAAUCUACGGAUUUGAUGGAAUCAGUCAUCUUUUAUCCGAUUUAUAUUCUAACAUUUGUGACAAUAUUUUCCACAUGCCGGGACUUUUGGAUAGACUGAAAGCUGAAAAGUAUGAAAUGGGAAUGUCUGAGCCGUUUUUUGUUUGCGGUUUCGCCCUUUUUGAUCAUCUGGGAAUCGAUAAAAUUAUCUCCGUUGACUCUCAUAUUGGACUGGAAGGUCCUAAAAUUGCUCAUGGAUUUCCAGUGACUUCAAGUUAUCUUCCUGCUGCAUUUUCAGAAAGUUCUGAUCACAUGAGUUUUGUGGAAAGAACAAGAAGUCUCUAUGAAACUUAUUUGAAUCGAAAAUUUGCUCGAUUGAUUCAUAACAAGGAAAUAGAUGCAAUGAAAGGAGUAUACAAAGGAAAAAGUACAUGGGAAGAAUUAAUGAGAUUACCUGCAUACAUGUUCACUAAUAGUAAUCCAAUCCUUGAUUUUCCAUAUCCAAGACCUUCGAAAUUUAUUGAAAUUGGUGGAAUAGCAGCAGAUGAGAAGAAGCAUGACGAGGUGUUGCCAGAGUCUUAUGAUCACAUAUUGAAUCUUCGGAAUCGCACAGUUCUCAUUUCUUUUGGAUCCAACGCAAAGUCAAUUUUCAUGCCUGAUCAUAUGAGGCGUUCUCUUAUCAUUGCUCUCGGAAUGAUGCCUGAUAUCACUUUUAUAUGGAAAUACGAAAACUCUUCUAUCGACAUUGUGAAAGAGUUUGACCCAACAAUCAAAAACAUAGUACAAGUUGAUUGGAUGCCACAGCAGGCACUUUUAGCUGAUCCUCGAUUAGAUCUUUUUGUUACUCAUGGGGGUAUGGCAAGUACAAAUGAAAUUGCAUUCAGUGGAAAACCUGCAGUUAUGGUACCAGUUUUUGGAGAUCAAACAAGAAAUUCGAGAAUGUUAGAGAGACAUGGAGGCGUUUUGAUGUUACGGAAAGAGAAUCUAGAAUAUCCGGAAAUUGUUAUAGAAACAAUUUUAUCAGUUUUGAAUGAUCCAUCUUACGCUGAAAGAGCACAACAAUUGGCAACGCUUUUGAGAAAUCACCCCGAAUCACCAAAACAAGUUUUCCUGAAAUAUUUCAACUUUGUGGCGAGAUUCGGAAAACCAACUGGAAUUGAUUCAAACUCCAUAAAUGUAGAUUUUAUCGCAUAUUAUUACUUGGAUCUUAUUGCCUUCUUACUUAUUGUGGCCUAUUUUGCAAAGUUUCUUGUGUCCCAUGUAUAUUCAUACUUUUGUUAUUUAAGAAAAGAAAAGGCCGAAUGAAUUUAAUAUAGUUAUUUGAAGAAGUUUUUGAAUUAAAAUCUCAUACAUCGUCCAUCA